AUGACCACCCCACACGUUAAAAUCGUCUAUGGCAGUGCCGGAAUCACUCACAUUGACAAGGCAGACAUGAACUCUGUGGUUGAUAUUUUGAAGAAAAAUAACGUGGACGAGAUCGAUACCGCGAGAAUCUAUCCCGGUAGUGAGAAGGCCCUCGGUGACCAUGGGUUUUCUAAACACUUCAUCGUUGAUACCAAGGCAAGGGGGUUUGCGCCCAAUGCCUUGACUUCGGAGGGAAUCAAAGCUGCCAUUGAUGAAUCAUUGAGUGAUCUCCAAGUCGAUUCUGUCGAGACUUAUUUCUUACAUAGUCCUGAUCCAGCCACCCCAAUUGAAGAAACCUUGGCCGCGAUCAAUGAGCUUUACAACCAGAAAAAGUUCAAGAGAUUCGGGGUGUCCAACUUCUCGCCAUCUCAGGUGGAGCAAAUCUAUGAUUUAUGUCAUAAACACGGAUACGUCCUUCCUAGUGUGUACCAAGGUAAUUACAACGCAGUGUCUCGGGCCAUCGAAAGCGAUCUUUUCCCAAUAUUGAGAAAAUUGAAUAUUUCCUUCUACGCUUACUCACCAAUUGCCGGGGGAUUUUUAGCACGUACCAAACAAGACUUGACUUCGGGAACUCCAAACCGGUUCAAUCAAAAAGAUAUGGUCGGGACCAUUUAUAACAGUCUUUACAAUAAACCUGAGUUGGUCAAGGGGCUUGAAACUUGGGGGUCCCUUGCUGAAAAAGCCGGCACCACCAGAGCAGGACUUGCUUAUCGAUGGAUCAUCUAUCAUUCGGAACUUUCUAAGCAGAAUGGUGACGCGGUGAUUAUCGGUGUUCGUAGUGUUGCGCAAUUGGAGCAAAUCUUUGAGUUUGUCAACGAAGGGCCUAUCAAGGAUGAAUCCAUAGUGUCUGAAAUUGAUAAGCUUUGGGAUAAUGUCAAAGAUGAGGCACCAGUCAAUAACUAUUCCUUUGUUGAAAAGCAAAUUUCUGGAUGA